AUGGGAAGCACACCAACACCCCCACCCAAAGACUUCACCGUCACAAUAGUCGGCGGCGGAAUAGGAGGUCUCACCCUAGCCGCCGGCCUCCUACGCCGCAACGUCCCCGUACAAAUCUACGAAGCCGCGCCCGCAUUCGCAGAAAUCGGCCUCGGCCUCUCGAUAGGACCAGCCGCCCACCGCGCCAUGCCCCUAAUUGAUCCGCAAAUUCGGGAAAUCUACGACUCGCUGGUUACAACGCAUGCGGAUAGCCCUGGCUACGAGAAAUACCGGCAAACCUGGUUCGAGAUUAUCUGGGCGUCUGGUGCGAAGGAGGGAGGCUUGUUGAUGGACCUUAAGGCGUUGCCGUCUGGGCAGACGACGUUGAGACGGGCGAACUUUUUGGAUGCGCUUGUUGGGUUGAUUCCGCCUGAGAUUGUGCAUUUUGGGAAACGGUUGGAUAAAGUGGUUGAGGGUGUGGACGGGGUGGAGUUGUUGUUUGAUGAUGGGUCCACUGUGCAGGCUGAUGUCGUUGUUGGUUGUGAUGGGAUUAAGUCCAGGGUUAAGGAGUCGAUGUUUCCUGGGGAGGAGGAGGAUACGCAGCCCCGGUAUAGUGGGAUGUAUGGGUAUCGGGCUGUGCUGGAUAUGGAGGAUAUGAUUGAGGCGGUUGGGGAGCAGCGGGCGAGGGUUUCGACGAUGUAUAUUGGUGACGGGGCUUAUGGGAUAUCGUAUCCUAUUAUGCGGGCGAAGAAGGUUAAUGUUGGACUUUAUAUUCUCAGUGAGAAGUGGGAUUGUGAGACUUGGGUUAGGCCCGCGAAGAGGGAGGAUAUGCAGCGUGAUGCGAGCAAUAUGGGUCGAUAUGUGCAGUCACUCAUCGAGCAUAUGCCUGAUCCCUCUCAAUGGGCCAUCUUCGAACACCCCCCAAUCUCCACAUUCUGUCGCUCCCGAGUCGCAAUUCUAGGAGAUGCCGCCCACGCCUCAACGCCACACCAGGGCGCAGGUGCCGGACAGGCGAUAGAAGAUUCCCACGUUCUAGCUGAACUACUCGGUGACUCUCGAGUAAUAACAGCACAGGAUGUAGUCGCCGCUUUCAAAGCGUAUGAUGAGAUUAGGCGCCCGAGGAGUCAGAGAGUUGUCACGAGUAGCAAGGAGAAUGCCUAUCUUCUUUGUUUGUGUUUGGAUGGAGUUGGGGAUGAUGAAAAAAAGCUUAAGGAGACGUUUCAAUCGAGGCUGCGUUGGCUUUGGGAUUUGGAUGUUCAGGGACAGGCUGAGCAGGCUAGGGAGAGUAUGCUUAAGUUUAUGGCAUCUAGAGAGGAUGAAGGGGAUCAAAUUGGGUGA